AUGUCUCACCUCCUCUGUGCCUUACUGUCCUUGUUGUCCUUUGCUGCCCUACUGGAAAGUGCCCAGUGGAAACUGCAGGAAAAUGUGUUGGUCAUCGAAUCCCAGUGGGACGCCCAGGCCCCGGCCACCGCCGUGGAGCUCCGCUGUGACACCUCAGAGGAAGCAGUUUACUGGGAAAAGGGCUCGGAUUGGAGGCAAGAAGGGAAAACCGUGACGGCCUGGGUGAAGGAGAGCCCGGACGCCGGCAACUACAGCUGUCGGAGCCAGGAGAGCGAAGAGCUGCUCGGCUCCAAACUCCUCCUCAUCGCCAGAAUCAGCUCCGAGGGGAAGAUGAUGAGGUGGAUCCUGAAAAGCUUCAAAGAGCCCAAGGAUACAUUUUUGAAGUGUGAGGCAAAGAACUACUCUGGAAUUUUCACAUGUUCCUGGAUGACAGAAAAUAACAGCCCAAAUGUGAAGUUCACCAUCAGGAGCCUGAACGACCCCCAGGGGGACGUGUCCUGCAGCAGCCCCGUGGCUCUCACCCAGGGCGCCCUGACCACGUACACAGCCCAGUGCCACAAGGAGAGCUUCUGUCCCUUUGCUGAGGAGCACCAGCCCAUUGACAUGUUCCUGGAGGUCAUCGAUGAGGUGGAGUACGAGAACAGCACCGCCAGCUUCUUCAUCAGGGACAUCAUAAAGCCUGACCCUCCCCAGUGUCAGUACGUGGCCGCCAAUGGAACAGUGACCUGGACAUACCCCAGGACCUGGAGCACCCCAAACUCCUACUUCCCUUUGACUUUCAGGGUCAAAGUUAAAAGCACAAGGAGAUCCAAAAAGGAGUACAACACCGACGAGCAGUCCGUGCCAGCGCCGGGGCCAGCAGAGGUGUGGGUGCAGGCCAGGGACCGCUACUACCUCUCCUCCUGGAGCGAGUGGUCCUCGCUCUGCAGGUAA